AUGUUGAAGCUUUCGUCCAAUGGCCUGGACCAGGUUAUCUCCCUUGUCCAAUGCGGCUUCGCGGGCCAGCCCGCCUGUGCUGGCUCUCGCCGGAGGAGGAGCGCCGUUGCCGGGUUCCGAUUGCCCCGCGUCAGGGUGUUUCCGGUGUUGGCGGUGGUUUCGGACCGCGACGGCGCGGUGGCGAGUAGGGUGGAGGCGGAGGACGGGACGCUGGCGGACCGGUUGAGGCUGGGGAACUUGACUGAGGAUGGGUUGUCUUAUAAGGAGCAGUUCAUUGUGAGGAGCUAUGAAGUUGGGAUCAACAAGACUGCCACUGUGGAAACUAUUGCUAAUCUCUUACAGGAGGUUGGAUGCAAUCAUGCUCAGAGUGUUGGAUAUUCUACUGAUGGUUUUGCAACCACCCCUACGAUGAGAAAGUUGGGUCUCAUAUGGGUUACUGCUCGAAUGCACAUUGAAAUCUACAAAUAUCCUGCUUGGAGUGAUGUUGUUGAGAUAGAGACAUGGUGUCAAGGGGAAGGAAGGGUUGGAAUAAGGCGUGAUUUUAUACUGAAAGACUAUGCGACCGAUCAAGUCAUUGGAAGGGCAACAAGCAAAUGGUUAAUGAUGAAUCAGGACACCAGACGACUCCAGAAAGUUUCUGAUGAUGUACGAGAGGAGGUUUUGGUUUACUGUCCUCGAGAGCCCAGGUUAGCAAUUCCUGAGGAGGACAGUAAUUGCUUGAAGAAAAUUCCAAAAUUGGAGGACCCUGCUCAGUUUUCCAAAGUUGGACUUGUGCCACGAAGAGCAGAUCUGGACAUGAAUCAGCACGUGAACAAUGUCGCCUAUAUUGGAUGGGUGCUUGAGAGCAUGCCUCAGGAAAUCAUUGAUAGCCAUGAAUUGCAGAGUAUUACCUUGGAUUACAGACGAGAGUGCGGACAAUAUGACGUAGUUGAUUCCCUCAGUGGUGUGGAAAUGAUCGAGGGUGGUGCUGAGGCAGUUCCAGAACUGAAAGGUACAAAUGGAUCUGCCGUUGCAAUGGAAGCCAAACAUGAUCUGCUUCCAUUAGACUCUUUAAUUAGAAGCUGUGUUGUUCUUGAGUAG